CCCGGCCCGCCGGCCCGCGGGGGGCGGCCCGCCCCGCCCCCCCCCCCGCUCGCGCCCUCUCGCGCGCCGGCCGCUCUGGUCCCUCCCGGGGGCCAGGGGCGCGGCGGGCGGCAGCCACGCCGGCCCGGGCGAGCGCCCCGGGCCGGGGGCGAUGGUGGCCCACAACAGGGUCCCUGGCCAGUGCUGCGUCUGCAUACCAUUGAAGCUGGGGGUCACCCUCAUAGCGCUGUACCAGUUUGCGUACGCGUUCGUGUGCAUCUUCGGGUUGUUCGUCGACGACGUCCGGUUCCAGUCGGGCGGCUACAACACCCACACCUACCGGCUGCAGGUCAUGGUAGGCUCCGCGGGCUUCUUUUUCGCGCUCGCCGGGCUGAUGGGCGUGGCGGACGACAAGGUAGAAUGGGUGAGACUCUUCAACCGUUUCCAGUACGUGAAGAUGCCUCAAAACCUGGUUUUGUGCGAGGGUCGGCGGCUCGGGGUCAUGCUCCUCGUCUUCGCGAUGGACCAGCUCACACUCGCGAGGUGUGAUGGUUGGUCGCAGAGCAUGGGGAAUCAGCACGACUUCAACCCCGCGUUAGACACGAUCUCCGCCAAAGGUGUGUGCAGGAUGGCUUGGCAGUGCUACGUCAUAGGCUUCGUGAUCGACUGGAGCCUCCAGCAGUACUUCGCCAUGGUGUCGGGCACGUACUGCACCAGGCUCGCCACGAUGCCGCCGCACGUCAUCCGGUUCCUCGACCAGGACGCGAGGGACCACUCGCACAUGCCGCUGGUCGACGAGCAGGCGGGCCCUCUGCUCGCCGGGGCGCCCAAGAGGGCGAGCCCGGACCUGGUCGGCGGCACCUACGGCACGAACCGGUAGGCGGUGGGAGCGGCCAGGGCCGCCAGAGGGCCCCGCAGGGCCCCGCGGAGAGGCAACGCGGCGGCGCGGCGCGGCGCGGCGGUGUCGUGCCAGGCGGCGGAAA